AUCUUUACACGCCUCCCUCAUCUCUUUUGUUACUAUCAAUUUUCAAGCCAUAUAUCCACCAUGCCAAGCUCUUCUCCAAACAUGUUUCAAGAUGAGUUAGCUACUGCCCAGGAGAAACUAAAGAAGGAAGUUGAACUUGUGAUGAAAAAAGUCAAGGAGCUCACAAACUCAGUGGAAGUACCUACUUUUGAAGGAAGAACUGACCCGGAAAAGUUCUUAAAGUGGUUAGCCAAGGUUGAACACAUCUUUACCAUCAAAGAUGUUCCUGAAGAUAAGAUGAUCAAAAGGUUGAUCGAGAUCCACCCUAAAAUCAGAGAUCCACCAUGUUUCAUUGAUGAUUAUGCAAGGUUUACAGAUCAUGGGUUAUGAUGAAUAGGUCUUGGGUAAAAUAAUGAACACGUUGUUAGUUC